AAUAUGGCCGCUAUUUUUGUCAAGGAACGACACGCUUGAGUAAUAUCAGUAAUAUUACGUGUUUAACCACGAUGCCAGUGCCCGCGGGAUCGUUUCACUCAGGCCCCAGUUGCUGGGACCGCGUUAAAAUGGGUUUCACCAUGGGCUUUUGCGUGGGAAUGGCGAGCGGCGCUAUUUUCGGCGGAUUCUCGGCGCUCCGGUACGGGAUGAGAGGCAGGGAACUUAUCAACAACGUUGGAAAGGUGAUGCUGCAGGGUGGAGGCACAUUUGGCACGUUCAUGGCCAUUGGCUCCGGAAUCAGAUGUUGACCGAACCUUGACUUGGAUGCUGCUGUGCAAGAGCGAGUGUGCAUUUGGCUCAACUCUAAUAGACACUUAAUGAGCAGAAUUCGCUUUUGUUGGGUUUCAAUGCUGUCUGUAGUCCUAUAUUUUUCAAGUUUAAUUUAAACUAAAAUAAACACGAACUGAAAGUA